UAGACCCCUCCACCUGGAGCUGAGCCCCCAGGGGAGAGUGUGCGAGAGGAGAGCAUGGCUCAGGCGUCAGACCCGUCCCGCAGGGAGAAGACCGCUGGGACCCAAGGCUCUCACGCUGCUACACGCAACCUCUUACGAAAGAAAGAGCAGCGUCGGCGAGGAAUCCGAUCCUGCUCACCCAUGGGCCGGGUCAUCCUCAUCAACUCUCCUGUGGAAGGAGGAGAUGAUAGUGAGGACCUCCACACGGUCACAGUGGAUAAGAGUGUGGAUGGAAAGCUGGGCUUCAGCGUGCGUGGAGGCUCAGAACACGGUCUCAGCAUCUUCGUCAGUAAGGUGGAGGACAACAGCACGGCACAGGAGGCGGGGCUGCAAGUGGGUGAUAAGCUGGUGGAGGUGAACGGCAUCAGCCUGGAGAGCAUCACCAUGAGCAGCGCUGUCAAAGUCCUGACGGGCAACAACAGGCUGAGGAUGGUGGUGAGGCGGGUUGGGAAAGUCCCCGGCAUCCGCUACUCCAAGGAGAAGACCACCUGGGUGGACCUCAUCCACAGGCGUAUGGUGGUGGAGGAGAGCGGCCGCACCCCGUCCGAGGCCAGCUCAGGCAGCGCCCUCCGCAGGAUCGUCCACCUCUACACCACCUCUGAUGACUAUUGUCUGGGCUUCAACAUCCGGGGAGGGAAGGAGUUUGGCUUGGGAAUCUACGUCUCCAAGCUGGAUCCGGGAGGCCUGGCCGAGCAGAACGGAAUAAAGAUGGGCGACCAGAUCGUGGCUGCUAACGGAGUGAGUUUUGAGGACAUCAGCCACAGCAGUGCGGUGGAGGUGCUGAAGAGCCACACACACAUCAUGCUCACCAUCAAGGAAGCAGGACGAUACCCUGCCUAUAAGGAGAUGGUGGCAGAAUACAGGUGGCUCAAUAAAUUGGCCAAUGGUGCUGGGAAGUCUUCGUCCCAGGGUUCAGACUCCACCUCUUCAGCCUCCUCUCUGUCGUCGGGGACGCCGGUCAGCUCUCUGAGCGGCCUGUCGCAGGUCAUGUUCCCCGCCAGCCUGCCGUUUGGUCUGGACAUGGUGGACGUCUGCAUCUCCACCGAGGACCAGGGGUCGGAGUCAGAGCGAACUGAAACAGCCAUCCAAACAGACUUCCCCUCCCAGAAGAUUCCAGCAGACACCACUCGCAGCCUGGGACCAACCACGCUGCUCAAAGACACGGUGAUCCGUACGGACGAGUGCAAAGGGAAGAAGGAGUCACCCAAGACAGCCGUGCUGCUGGCGCUCAGCCGGCCGACCCGACCGAUCAGCAGGUCGCAGAGCCAGGUCACCGUAGAAGAGAUCAAGCAAAAGAAAGAGAAGAAGCAGAAAGGGAAGCACCCCGAGGAGAAAAGCACCCUGCAGCGCUCAAAAACGCUUGUUAACUUGCUGUUCAAGGGAGGACGCAAGAAAGACACAAGCAGAGGGCGCUCCAAGUCCCCGGCCGCCGAUGGGAAGGAGGGACGAGGGCUCGGCGAGAUGCCAAAUGCAGAGAUGCUGGGAGCGGUGGAGGACAUGGCCCGCAGGCUGCUGGCCGAGGAGGAGGUGGCUGCAGUGGUGGAUACCUGCCGAAGGUACGUGGCAGAGCGGUCUGUGGAGAACUUCAUACGCCACCUGCUGGUGGUUCUGGACCGACCUGAGAAGCUGCUGCUGCUCAGGGAAAUCAGGAUGCUGCUCCCGCCGUCUGACGUGAGGCUGUUCAAUGACAUGGUGGCUGCGGUGGAGGUGGAAGCCUACGACAUCCUCAAACAUCGCGCAGUUCGAACUCCUCCAUUACGCUCUCCCAAUUCUGGCCGAGCGCCCAAACGACGGCUCAUUACCCCGAUUCCAGAUUUCCGGGGAGGCUUUGAGCUCCACAGCGCUGAGGAGGUGGAGAAGCAGAGCCACCUGCUGGAGGAGCUGGAGAAGCUCAGCCUGACUCCAGGGAGAAAACCCCCCACCUCACGCUCCUUCACGCCCCUGCUGGACAUCCCGGUGGACGGAUACGACACCGAGUCCAGAGACCUCCGGCCCGUCCCUGCCAGCCCGCUGCUCCCCAACUGGCUGCUGUCCCGCGGCGGGGACUCCCACCCUCCUCUCCGGACAGACAUCGGCACCAUACGCUCCGUCCACUUCGACGAGGUUUCACUGCACUCUGCCUCAGACACAAACUCAGAGAGGGGACGGACCCUGUUCAGAACCAGCCCCUCUAAAGGCACGAGGGAGAGAAGCAGAGGCAGGAGCGAGGGCUGCGUGUUCACGCUGCAGAGCGCCGCUCGCAGGACUCGGCCUUCGCUGUCGCAGGUUUUUGGUCCCGGCCUUGAUCAGCAAGCAGAUGAACACAUGAACGGUCAUCAGGAUUCCUCCAAGCACAAACUCAACGGCUCUGAGUCUGAGCAGCAGUACCAGCUCAAAACUGUCAGCAUCUCCAAGACCAAACAGUCACUAGGCAUUAGUAUAUCGGGUGGGAUGGAGUCGAAGGUUCAGCCCGUGGUGAAGAUCGAGAAGAUCUUUCCUGGAGGAGCUGCCUCCACCUGUGAAGUGCUCAAGGCCGGGUUUGAGCUGGUGUCUGUGGACGGAGUGGGCCUGCAGGGCGUCACCCACCAGCACGCUGUCGACAUCAUCCGGAGAGCCUUCAGCAACAAGGCCAAAGACCCCAUGGUGUUCGCCGUCAAAGUACCAAAGGAUCUCUGACACACGAGCCUGUCAUGCUCAGGGCGGAUAUAAACAAGAGCCACACAUUGAUCGGUCUUCCUCUGGGAUUUAACGUGGAGUGGAAAGUGCAGCACUGAGAUUAAAUGCCAUUAAUGCUGAGUGGAGAAUAAAGACACAGACACUGCAAGCGAAUGACUAGGCUGGUAAACACCAGUAACCAGCACGACCACUGGACUUGAACAAACCAGAAAUGUGCAGAGAAGAUAUAGAAGAAUAAAAUGGGACUGUUGUUACUUUAGAAAUGUGCAAACUAUAAUGUAACAUUUGUGCACGCAGAUCAUGAAUUCAUGAAACACGGUGCUCCUUGUGCCUUCAUCUUUCACCUUAUAACCCUCUCUUUUUAUGUUCAGCUCAUUUCUCUUAGUGUAUAAAACUCUCGCCAAUGGAUCAGUGUGUGUGUUUGUGUGUGUGUGUGUGUGUGUGUGUGUGUGAUUCUGAGUUUAAAAAUGAGCAAGAUGAGAUGAGAAACUGAUCUGUAAUUGAUGCUUUGUGUGUGCUCUGUUGCACGGCUGCUGAUUUAUUGACCAGUAGGGGGCAGAGUUGAGCCAUCCGGCCACUUGACUUGGUCGUAAACAGUAACAGAACUUCUGUCAAAGACUUAUCCUAAAAGCUUUCUUGAAUUCAGGGGCGUCAAUUGGGUAUGGCAAGGUACGCCACACCUCGGC